AUGCGUUGGCCAACAUGCAAAGUAAAUUUGUCCCGUGAGGCUACGGCUGCUGGCGUGAUGAGUGCCAAAAUGGCUGUAGUUCCAGAAGGUGCCACUGCAGAAAGCCGACUGGAUCAUCAGCUCAACCUAUUCAGACGCGGUGCUCCACCCGGAAGUGUGCAGGACAUUCAUCGCAAGCAUCUUCUUGCGCUGCAGAUGCGAAGGGACACUUCUGUUUGGAGCCUGGUACCUCGAAGCUACAUCUUGACAAGAGAUCCUGCAGAUGCCGCUUCAGAGUGGAAGAUGUUCCAGCGGGACUAUGAGCUGUCGCAAUGCCUCGGGCGCUUGCGAAAUUAUCUGGACGCGCAGGCGGCAGCAUCAACGCCAAAGCCGAGUCAAGAUGAUGGACUGGAGAGCACCUUCGACAUUUGCAAGAGACACUUGGGAGCCCAUAUCGCGGACAACCACUUCUGGGAAGGCUUACAUCUAAGUCCCAUGCGCAAGGCAGAAAUGCUCGUGCGGCUUGUUGAGCAGGAGCUGCCCCAUUUGCAGCUUGAUUUACUCCAAAACAACUGGUGGCUAGCAAAGCCCGUCGAUGGUGCGAUGGGGAAAGGCAUCAUUCUUUUUGGUGGACUGUCGUGCGCGGAGGAUUUGCAAGUUUCGACCAUGCCUUUUUGGGGGCGCAUGAGCGAUGGAUACGUCCUGCAGAAGUACAUUGAAAAGCCACAUUUGGUGCACAUGCCGGGCUUGAUUGACAUUGACAACAGGCGGGGCCGACAUACCGCAGAAGCCUGCGUGGAUGAGUGUUACAAGUAUAACCUGCGCAUGCUUGUUCUGGUGCGUUGGGUCGAAGAUCCUUCGGUGUGGGUUUAUGACAAGGGCUACAUUGAUCUUUGUGCGAUGCCCUUUGCAGCGGAGUAUGGUGCCGGAGUACAGGAAGCCCAUGUGUCCAACCUGCCAUGUAAGGGAAAAGGAACUGGAGUUCGAAAGCGCAUGUGGUCAACGGACACCUUCAGGCAGUAUCUACAAGAGUGUGCAGGUCGUGAUGUUUGGGCGGAGGAAAUAGUGUCCCAAAUUCGGACUGCCAUUUCGAGGGCACUGAACUGCCUUCUUCCACUGACGACAGGACCUGGAUGUAGUAGCCGCGACGAUUUCAACUCUACACCACCGGUGCGCCAACCGUGGCGGCGCUUCGGUUUCGAUUUUGCAUUGGGAACGAAUUUCCAUGUGUGGCUCGUGGAAGUCAACCACCGCCCUGGAAUGAAAGCGCCGAAGGGACCAGCAGGUGAAGACAAGCGCCAACUUUUGGAAUCCUUGCUAGUGAGCUAG